UGCAAUAUUAUAAUAUACUCUCUCCACAUGCAUCACAUAAAACAAAAACACUCUCUUAGCUUAGAUACUUCUCUUUUCCUUCCUCUUGAUCCCAUCUAUCAGAAGAGUGAUUCUUCUAUGUUUUAAGGUUUCAUCUUUUUUGGAUUAGAACUAAAGGAUUAUGUUAUGUUAUGCUGUGUUAUGUUGUGUUGAUGUAAGAACAGAAAAUGGAGCAUGUUAUGCAGCAAGGUCGUUCUCUUGCUGAAACGCCUACAUACUCGGUUGCAUCUGUUGUUACUGUCAUGGUUUUUGUUUGCUUCUUGGUCGAGCGUUCUAUAUACCGUUUCGGAAAGUGGUUGAAGAAGACGAGAAGGAAGGCGCUUUUUGCUUCGCUCGAGAAAAUUAAAGAAGAGCUGAUGCUGCUUGGGCUUAUCUCGUUGUUGUUGGCACAAAGCGCGAGAUGGAUCUCUGAGAUUUGUGUAAAUUCAUCGCUAUUCAGCAGCCGAUUCUAUACUUGUGCGCAACCUGACCUUGGCGUGAUUGAGAAUGUCGUGAUUAAACACUCUUCAUCUUUCUCCAAUGAAACUAGUAGUAUUCCGAAGGGACUAAAUAGGGUUGCACUUCAUCAAUGUGGAGAGGGUCAUGAACCAUUUGUUUCAUACGAGGGUCUUGAGCAGUUGCAUCGGUUUUUAUUUGUUCUCGGGAUCACUCAUGUUCUGUAUAGUGUUUUGGCGGUUGGUUUAGCGAUGAGCAAGAUCUAUAGUUGGUGCAGAUGGGAAAAUCAGGCUACAAUGGCUAUUAUCGAUGGAAACGUGCCAGGAAAGAAAAACAAGGUGAUGAGGCGGCAAACAACGUUUGUUUUCCAUCACACGUCUCAUCCGUGGAGCAGGAAUCCAAUACUAAUCUGGAUGCUAUGUUUUCUGCGUCAGUUUAGAAGUUCUAUACAAAAAUCGGAUUACCUUGCACUCCGUCUCGGUUUCAUCACUGAACAUAAAUUGCCAUUAUCAUACGAUUUUCAUAAAUAUAUGGUUCGAAGCAUGGAAGAUGAAUUUCAUGGCAUUCUAGGAAUAAGCUGGCCGCUUUGGAUUUAUACUAUCGUCUGCAUCUUCGUAAACAUCCACGGGUUGAAUAUAUACUUCUGGUUCUCCUUUAUACCUGCAAUUCUUGUGAUGGUAAUAGGUACAAAACUUCAACAUGUUGUAUCCACUUUAGCACUUGAAGUCUGGCAGCACCAGGGUCCAUCUGCCAGUACACAAGUAAAGCCGCGCGACGGCCUUUUUUGGUUCAAUAAACCGGAUAUACUUCUAUGGCUGAUACAAUUUGUGAUAUUUCAGAAUGCUUUUGAAAUGGCUUCGUUUAUUUGGACAUUGUGGGGAUUUAAAGAACAGUCAUGCUUCAUGAGACAUCAUUACAUGAUCAUCAUUCGGUUGACAUCAGGAGUUCUUGUUCAAUUCUGGUGUAGCUAUAUGACAGUACCCCUCAAUAUAGUAGUUUCACAGAUGGGAUCGCGAUGUAAGAAGGCGCUAGUGACCGAAAGUGUAAGAGAGUCUUUACACAGUUGGUGUAAGAGAGUAAAACAGAAGUCGAAGCACGAUCAUUCACUUCGUUCGCAUACAGCAAGAUCAAUAUGUUCCCUAGAAUCAACAAUCGACGAGAGGGACGAGAUAACAGUCGUAUCGGGGACGCUAACUCGAACAACUUCCUUAGACUUAGAGUCUUUGAAUCAGAUGACAGUAACUUCAGUAGACCAGCUGAAUUUUAUGACUUCUAUCAACAACCUCCAUGAUUCGCAUCACAACGAUGUUGGCGACAGAGACGAGACUAAAGUCGAAACUCUUCUAGAUUUGUUUCACAAAACAUGACAAUUUUAUGUUUCAUAUAUAUUCGAAAUUCUACUGCAUAACAAGCUAGAAUCCUAUUUAGUUUAGUAUAGAUAAUGCAAAUCAUUCUUGAACUCUAUCAAACAUAGAUGUAUAUUAUAUAUCACACUACUAGAACCAGGUCAAAUUUUGGAUCAUAUGCAAUUGUCUGCCUUGCGUUCCCUCAAAGACGGCCCUAACCAUAAUCACGGUCAUGGUUUAUGGUUGAGCGUGUUAUG